UAGCUUGUGUAUUCUGUGACUAGGCAACUAACAUAAACCGUCAAUAGUAGCGUCUCGCUUACACGGCAGCUGACAGCGCGCCAUGCGCCAUUCGCAGUAAUUCCCACUCUCGGUCUCAGUCAGUGCGCGUUUGUUGUCAUUCAUUAUGGCCGCCGCCGCGAAACAGGGCAAAAUAAAACUUACAGACAAUGAUUUCGACUAUGAACAGACCAAAUGUAAUUAUUUCGAAUUAAUAGCCAGUACUCCGCAUCUAGCAUUGACGCGUCAAAAGUACACAGAAGUGGUUAAAACGAUGACAGCGAAAAUUAGGGCGACGAAAAGACAGAAUAAUAAUAAGGUUAUACCUGACACUCUGAGGUAUGCGGGACAAUAUUCGGAACUCCACGAUGCCGAAAUGUUUUGGGAGAAAAAAACAGCAGUUCUCACAAUGAAGCGACAUGAAGACAGGGAGUUGACCAAGACAGCCGUAAGGUACUUUCCUGUAGAAGAUUCAUUUGAUGUUCUUAUUGAAUUCCAUAGAUCAUCACACCACGGUGGAUUGACGGAAAUGGUACAUUUUUUGAGCGACAAAAAUUACGUGACAAACACUAUUUAUCUAGAUUUCAUAUUGCUGUCUUGCAACGUUUGUGUUGCAAACGGUCGGAGAAUUCAUAAACUUGAGACCGAUAUGGACAACCAAAUCGUGAUUGGUCGUUUAGGACGACCAGGCUUUAACCGAUUCGUAGAACUUAACAUUUUCUUCAUGGAUCGUAAAGAAGAAUUUGGAAAUUUCAAUUUUUUAUUUAUGUAUUCAGACUACGACACGUCGUAUACGCUAAUAAGGCCUCUUUUACUAAACUGUCCAUUUGAGGUAUCUACAGAGCUGCUAAAUAUAUUCAGUGGUUUUGGAAUACCAAAUGAAUUCUUAAUUGGUAACAAGAAAAAGUAUAAGUUUUUUUCUAAAGUUAUGCAAACUCUAAGUAAGUUUGUUUCAAAACCUUUAAACCAAAAAUUGACAUUAAAGCAAACUAUGAAAACUGUAGAAAUAGUAGAAACAUUUAAAUCGUGGAUGCGAGAGAAAGGCUUUCAGAAUUGGGCUAUUGGCUGUCAAAUAUUUCAAUUGGAGUUUAACAAUAAAGUUUGUGAUGGUGAUAAACUAUCCCCUUAUUCCAAAGUAUUCAAUAACACCCUUUCAACACUCCCACAAAAAUAUGAACAAUACCAUGAAGAUAGUGUUGCUUUAGAGUUCGAAGGAAUCGAAUUGCCAGAUUUGCAUAAAUGUUUGCUUAAUGAUUCGCAGAUGAAAGAUAAUGACGAAUUAGCAAAUGACCAGGCAAAGCAAAUCAAUCAGGAAGAUGCGGAUACGGAUACACCCAUCAUGUACGCCGGCCUUCCAGUAUUUUUACCGGAAAAUGAAAUUAAGAAUGAAAAUGAUCAAAACCACAAAGGAGUUUCGGAAUCAGUCGCGAUUGAUUCGGAUAUGCAUAACCUCACUCAGCAUAUGGUUGAAAUAAUAAUUCAACCGCCAGCUUCAGAUGAAGAAGAAGCAAUCGAUCCCAGUGAGAUAGUUUUGACCACUGAUGAAGUAAUGCCACCAGAAUUAAUUUUCAGAGAGGAAGAAAUGAAGGAAAGCGAGGAUACAAUGUUAAUAAAAGAGGAAGAAGGCAAUAUACAAGUAGAAUUAUACUCAGAAACAGGUGAGAUCAAUUUAGAUGUGGAUGACGUCACGGAACAAAUACCUGAAAUGAUAAUAAAACAGGAAGAAAUAGAUACGUACCUAGAUUCAGAGGAAGUAGUUAAGGACUCUGAAGAUAUGUCAAUAACACUGAUACAGAGGAUGGAUGUAGAACCGAAUGAGAACAUUCUAGGUAUUUAAAUAAAAUAUUGACGUGUCCUGAAUUUGAAAUAAUAAUUUGUGGGGUCCCUACACUGAUUGUUUCAUCGAUUUGAUAGUGAUAUUGCCCUCUCGCUCACACGACGUGAAUUAGACAAGGAAGGGUAGUAUAGUGAACGAAUGAAUAAUUCCAUUCAUUCACCACAGAUUGCGUUCAGUUGUUGUUUUCUCACAGCAGAGAAUAUUUUUUCUUACGCAAGAAAAAAAUUACGAAGAUAUACAGAAAUAAAUUUGUUAUAAUAAA